AUGGCCGACAUCUUCGGCUUGCGCGGCGAGCGCUACGCCUUCCUUCGCCUCGCCCCUCCACCCUCGUACGUCGCAGGAGCAGGUCGUGGUGCGCAGGGAUUCACGACUCGGAGCGAUAUCGGUCCGGCGCGAGAACAGGUCCAAGAGGACGAAGGACCGAAGGAGGAGGAGUACAAUCCGGAUCAGUUCCAGGAUCCGGAGAACGAGACGGGAUUGUUUGCUGGCACUGUCUACGAGGCGGACGAUGAAGAGGCGGACCGGAUCUACGAGGCGGUCGACGCGAAGAUUGAUGAACGGCGGCGGGCUCGUCGUGAACAGCGGGAACGAGAAGAGGCGGAGCAGCUCCUCAAGGACCGACCCACGAUUCAGAGCCAGUUUGCGGAUCUGAAGCGUGGAUUGGCGGACAUGUCGGAGGACGACUGGUACAACCUUCCCGAGGUCAGCAACAUGAUUGGAAACCGCGUCAAGAAGCCUCGACUGGAAGGGCGGAGCUACGUCGUGCCGGACAGCGUCAUCGUUGGGAACCGCGACAAGGGCGCACUGGAGAGCGCAUUGGCGGAAGAGCAGAUGAAGGAUGGGUUCCAGACGCCCGCCGAUGCCCUCACCGACUUUGCCGAGAUCGGUCAAGCGCGUGAGAAGAUGCUGUCCAUCAAGCUCGAGCAGGCGGGAACGGAUUCGGCGCUCGGCUCGACCAAUAUCGACCCGAAGGGCUACCUCACCGGCCUCGACAGCCAACUGCUCAAGACAUCGUCCGAGAUUGGCGACAUCAAGCGUGCUCGAGCUCUCCUGCAGUCCCUCACCAAGACGAACCCGAAGCAUGCGCCCGGCUGGGUUGCGGCAGCAUGGCUCGAGAACGUCGCUGGGAAGCAGGUGGCGGCGCGCAAGAUCAUCGCCGAAGGUUGCGAGCAGUGUCCGAAGAACGAAGAUGUUUGGCUGUGCGCGAGCGAGCUGAAUACGAACGAGAACGCCAAGAUCAUCCUGGCCAACGCAGUGCAGGAGCUGCCGCAGUCGGUACGGAUUUGGAUGCGAGCCGUCGAGCUCGAGCACGACGUCAAGGCGAAGAAGCGCGUCUUGCGCAAGGCUCUCGAAUACAUUCCGGCAAGUGUCAAGCUGUGGAAGGAGACCGUUGAACUCGAAGAGAACCCGGACGACGCCCGUAUCCUGCUCGCACGCGCCGUCGAGGUCAUCCCGCACUCGCAGGAGCUGUGGCUCGCCCUCGCCCGCCUCGAGACGCCGGAGCGUGCACGAGCCGUCCUCAACAAGGCUCGCAAGGCCAUCCCGACGUCGCACGAGAUCUGGAUCGCCGCUGGUCGGCUGCAGGAGCAGGAGGGCAACGUCGCUCAGGUCGAUGCGAUCAUUGCCACCGGCGUUGCCUCUCUCAAGAAGAACCAAGCCGAGCUCUCGCGCGAACAGUGGCUUGCCGAGGCCGAGCGCGCUGAGCAGCAAGGCAGUACCGUCACCGCGCAAGCGAUCGUCAAGGCAACAAUUCACCUCGACGUCGACGAGGAGGACCGACAGGCCGUCUGGAUGGACGACGCCGAGACGAUGACCAACAAGGGCAUGAUUGCGACUGCGCGGGCGAUCUAUGCGUACGCGCUCAACGUCUUCCCGCAGAAGCAGUCGAUCUGGCGGAAGGCUGCCGACCUCGAGAAGCAUCACGGCGAACGGGAAACCCUGCUCGCCCUGCUCAAUCGCGCCGUCGAGUCUGUCCCGCAAGCCGAGGUGCUCUGGCUUAUGGCCGCGAAGGAGUCAUGGCUCUCGGGCGAUGUCGACGGCGCACGACAGAUUCUCAGUCGGGCGUUCGAGGCGAACCCGGACAGCGAAGGCAUCUGGCUGGCGGCGGUCAAGCUCGAGGCGGAGAAUGGCCAGAUCGAGGCCGCGAAGCAGCUCAUGCAGCGCGCCAGGGAAGUUUCCGGUACGCAAAGGAUCUGGGUCAAGUCGGCGGUGUUCGAACGGACGCACAGCGACAAUACGGCUGCGCUGCAGAUGGUCAAGGACGGCUUGAAGGUUUACCCUGCCAGCGCCAAGCUGCACAUGAUGCAGGCCCAACUGCUGCAGGCGCAGACGCCGCCCAAUCUCGCGGCCGCCCGAGAAGCGCUCGCUGCCGGCGUUCGCAAGUGUCCGACUUCGGUGCCGCUCUGGAUCAUGGCUUCGCGACUGGAAGAGCAGGCCGGCGUGCGGAUCAAGGCGCGUGCUCUACUCGAGAAGGCGCGCAACGUCAACCCGAAGAGCGACGAGCUUUGGCUCGAGAGCGUCAAGGUCGAGGAGCGGGACGGUUCCGGCGCGGCCAAGGCGAUGCUUGCGCGAGCCCUCCAAACCUUGCCAGCUUCCGGCUUGCUGCACUCGUACUCGGUCUGGCAAGAACCCCGCCCGACUCGCAAGACGCGGUCCGUCGACGCGCUCAAGAAGACGAACAACGCCCCCGCCGUCAUCGUCACUGUCGCUCGGCUAUUCUGGGGCGAACGGAAAGUCGAGAAGGCGCGGGACUGGUUUGGCAGGGCUGUCGCGGCGGACGGAGACUAUGGCGACGCAUGGGCGUGGUGGUGGAAGUUUGAGAAGCAGCACGGAACCGAUGAACACCGCCAGUUGGUGCUGGAGAAGUGCAUUGCGGCGGAUCCGCAUCACGGUCACGUCUGGCCUGCGAUCGCCAAGGAUCCGAAGAACGUUGGCAAGGACAUCAAGGCGGUUCUCGACCUCACCGCAGACGCUCUCGAGGGGUAG